AUUUUUGCUAACGCCUCUGCCAGUGAAUUAUGAAAUUAGUAUGGAUGAUUUACGCAAAUUUUCGACCGUUUGUCGGUUUUGUUUGAGUAAAGAUCACGAACAAUUCGUUACCAUCAGUGAGAUUCUUUCCUCUUCACUUACCGUCGAGCUCAUUGGACUGUUUACUGGGAUAGAGCUUGAAACGGCAAACCCCGUACCGUAUGUAGUGUGUGGGAACUGUAGAGACAUCCUGAAUCAAUCGGUCCAAUUCCGCCACACUUGCGUUAGUAAUGAUGUACUGUUUAGAGAAUUGGAAUCGGGCAACAGUAAUGAUGAAACCGAGGCAAGGUCGAAGCAAAAGGAUACCGGCUCGAUUGAGAUUGAAAUUAUGUGCCUAAAGGAUGCAUGUAAGGAGCGCAACGGUUUGAGCCAAGAUCUAACCGAAGUGUCUUUAAAUGAUUUGGAAGGACUCGAGGAACAAUCCGACGAAACUCUUAUUAGCGACGAGGCUAACGAAAAGAGAAACAAAAAUGAAAGGCAGUCAGAAAGCCUUACACCGUGCACAACAACCACAGCAGUUGUGUCAAGUAAAUACAAAACGAAGGAACUGGCACGACCAAAUUCAAAAAACAGCUAUGCGUCACGUGUGGCAAACUGGUGCGCAAUCUGUCAUACCACGUUCGUAUUCAUACGAACGAGCCAACACUGUACGCUUGUCCACACUGUCCCACACAAAUGAGAAAUCAGUCGAAUCUCGCACGCCAUAUACAAGCGGUACACUUGAAGAAAAUUGUAAAAUCCUGCGAACCGUGCGGGAGGGGUUUUGCUCACAUCAACUCGUACAAUGCGCACAUGCGAUCACGCCACGGCAUGGGUGAACCGUACAAGUGUGAAAUAUGCUCGAAAACGUUCAGACAACCUAGCGGCUACAAAAAGCACAUUUCCUCCACACACACUAACGAACGGAACUUUCCAUGCGCGAUCUGUGGUAAACCGUUCAAGGAUAAGCAAGCGUUGAAGCUACACGAAAGUGUGCAUUCCACUGAUCGGCCGUACAGUUGCGCGAUGUGCCCGAAGCAAUUCAAAAGUUUAAGUGCCAGAAGGACACACGAGCUGACCCAUGUCGGGGUCGUGUUUCCGUGCUCGUUAUGUGCUAAAUCCUAUCAGUACAAAUCUCUGCUUAAUGCACAUGUAAAGAAACAUCAUUCCGAAGCCUCUUGAGAGCAGAAACAACGUAGAUCUUUUGUGAAAGCUGUCACAGCAAGCUUGUAGUGACGUUUCUUCACAGCUGUUGGUGGUUGUUUACAAAUAAUUUACCUAGAUGCGGGAGAUAUUUUAGUGAACUGUUGCGCUGUGCUGUCCUUGCUGUAUUAUUCCCUUUUACUGCAUCAUGGUGAAUAUAGUGCUUUGUAUUUCCAACAUUUGUCGGCUUUGUUUGGGCGAAGAUGAUACAAUUCCCGCAUCGGACGUUAUGAAUUCCUCCCUUACUAAGGAACUCAUAGAAAUGUUCACCGGCAUUCAGAUUGACCCAGCAGGGACACUAGCGUACGCGAUUUGUUUGCACUGUAAAGCUAGCCUACAGCGUUCGGUUGAAUACCGUGACGCAUGCCUCAACAAUGACAUACUGUUUAGGCAAUUGUUUUUCUCAAAAGCCAAAUCUAUCAACGAUCACACCGAAGAGACCAACUAUAGCGCCAAAACAAUGGUGUGGGAUUCAGAACCGAUUGAAUUUAUUAAUCCAGCUACAGAAACCACACCGCUUGAUGUAGAGGACGGUGAUCAAUCAUCCUUCGAACAGUCGUGCCCGGAAUUUGAACCAGAACAAAACGAAAGUCCCAAUCCAGAAUCGGUUGCAGCUUGCAAACUGGAAAACACCAAUGAGCCGGAAGAAGCUCCCCAAAAACCGGGCCGUAAGCGAGCAAAACAGAAACAGCUGUGUGUGUUAUGCGGCAAAACAGUCACCUACUUAGCACGACAUCUUAAUAGCCACACCAAGAACAAUACCUACAGUUGUCCCCAUUGCUCCCAGGCGCUUACGGACCAUUCCAACCUAAUGCGUCACAUACGAGCGGUGCAUCAGAAAAAAGUAAUCAUGUUCUGCACACCGUGUGACCGGGGAUUUACGAGUAAAAAUUCGUAUGAUGCACAUAUGCGUGCGCAGCAUAGCGUAGGAGAGCCUUUGGAAUGUGAAAUUUGCUCGAAAACGUUCAAACAACUGAGCGGCUACAGGAAGCAUAUAACGCUAUUUCACAAAAACGAACGGAACUUUGGCUGUACGGUUUGUGGCAAGCUGUUUAAGAGCAGACAAACACUUCAGCACCAUGGAACGGUACACUCGUCGAGCCGGCCCUACGCGUGCGGGAUCUGUUCGAAACGAUUUAAAAGUCAAUUUGCACGAUCUACACACGAACUAGCACACAGUGGGAACAUUUUCCCAUGCUCGGUCUGCGAUAAAUCGUAUCGCUACAAGUCACUGCUUAGCCAGCACGUCAAAAAAGUACAUCCUGAGAAUUGUUGAAUCAUUUUCAUUAUUGUUAGUCUUUUACAUUCAAAUUCAAAUUCAAAUCGAACUGUAAUUGCGCAUUUAAGAGGAUUUUGUUCCUGAUUUAAAUAAUUAAAUGAUGAAAUUAAAACCAUGCUGAUCCGCUAUGGCCGCCUCUUUCCCGCCAAAUCCAUCGACCGUUGAAAUGGAUUCGAAAAUGCAAACAAUAAAAAAAAAUAAACCGGCAGCAUGGCACGCUGCGUCUUAAGAA